AAGUUUCUUUGAACCAUUGCAAAGAGUGAGGGUUUUUUUUUUAUGUGUAUUUACAAAGGAACCUUUGGACUUUGAAGAAACCUCUAUGAAGUUUCUUUGAUAAGUGCAAUCAGGCAUUGGUGUAAUGCAUGAUACUGAGUCUUUCCUGGAACAGCAGAAGCAAGCUCGAGAGAUGGCGACCCCAGAAAACACUCCUCAAGAUGCAAACAUUGACCUCUCCCCCAACCGCAUCACACGUCUCCAGGAGAUGGAAGAACUCCGCAAGCUCAACGACCUUCUGGUCGUUUACGUCGACAACGCCCGUUCCCGGGAAGUGGAGAACGCCGGCUUGCGUUUGCGCAUCACUGAAUCCGAAACAGAGGUGUCCCGGCAGCUGACUGGCCUGAAGGCCGUUUACGAGACGGAGCUGGCGAAAGCCCGUGCGUCUCUGGACUCGGAGGCCACAGAGCGUGCACGUCUGCAGCCGGAGUUGACCAAGCUGAGGAUGGAAUUCGACGAGCUGAAAGAAAGGAACACGAAGAAAGAAUCCGAUCUGGCAGGAGCGCUGCAGAGGCUCAAAGAUUUGGAAGCCUCGCUGAACUCCAAGAACGCGUCUUUGGCGACAGCGUUAGGAAAAAACCGUCGCCUUGAAGCCUUGGUGAACUCCAGGGUCGGGUCUUUGUCGACACUCGAGACCAGGUUGGCCAAUGGCCGAAAGGGGAUGAUGGAUGAGGCUCUCAGGAGGGUGGAAGGAGAGAGUCGCAUUAAUACCCUCAAAGAGGAGCUGGAGAUUCAAAAGAAGCUGCAUUCCGAGGAGUUGCGCGAGGUCAAACGCCGGCACGAGUCUCGCAUGGUGGAGUUGGAAAACGCCCGCCAGGAAGAUUAUGAACCCAAACGGGCCGACGCCUUGAUGGAGAUGCGAAGCCAGCAUGAACUUCAGAUUAAACUCUACAAAGAGGAGAUUGAGAAGACUUACAAGUCCAGGGUAAAUUGCUGGAAAAUAUCGCCUGAACUCUUUUUUACCUUCUACUAUGCCUGUCGGGUUCAGCUGGAAGGCGCUCGCCAUUUAAAAAGUCUGUGUUGACACUAGCUUGCAGCCCGUGAUGCAAACGUGAAAGAUCUGGAGGAGGCUCUGUCUACAGAGAGGGAGCGGAUGCAGCAGCAACUGGAUGAGUAUCAGGAGCUAAUGGAUGUCAAGCUAGCGCUGGAUAUGGAGAUAAGUGCCUACAGGAAGGUGCUUGAAAGCGGGCAGGAGAGGACACGCUUUUCCCAGAGUCUACCGUCGACAAGCAUGUCAGGAAGUCGCUCCUCGACCACGUCGGCCAGCGGGAAAAGGAAGCGUCCCGACACUGACAGCGAGGCUUCGAGCUUCGCCGGAAGCACUGUGAUGCAUUUGGAGAACCCACGGCACCCCUAUGGUAGCAGGCAGGUCAUCGUGGAUUACGUGGACCGGGCUGGCAAAUAUGUCCGACUCUGCAAUAAAGGACAUGAGGAUCAGAAUUUGGGGAACUGUCAGGUGAAGCACCAGGUUGGAUCUUCUCCUCCCAUCGUAUUCAAGUUUCCCGCAGAGUUCAUCCUGAAGGCCGGCCGGAGUGUCACGAUCUGGGCGGCUGGUGGUGGCGGAAACCACAAUCCUCCCUCUGAUCUAGUCUGGGAGACACAGGCCAACUGGGGAACCGGAGACAAUGUCCAAACUACCUUGCUCAACGCUGAGGAAACCCACUGCCACCUAUUUCCAAGAUGA